AUGUAUUUUGAGGCUAGGAUUAUCCGGACCUACAGCUCUGGCGUGAAGACAACUGUAUAUACCUCUGAUCCUCAGAUUACAACACAAACAUAUACAACCCGACAUCGAACGCAUCAGUAUGUUCCCGUAAGCGGUGAAUAUCACCACACACAUAAUCCCAAUAAUCUGGGCAGUAAUGGCAACGAUAACGAUUAUCAGAUGACAAUAACACAUCAAAGUCGGGGAUCAUCGCCACAAUGGUCAACGUCGUCAUCAUCGUCGUCGGCGCAUAGCUCCAAUGACAAUUCAUAUCACCAGCAGCCACGGCAUGAAGGUAGUUAUCAUUAUCAACAUCAUAAUCAUCAGCAGCAUCAACAUCAACAGCCUCAACCUAUUUAUGAACGAACCUCUACAACACGUGAGACAACCCACCAAACAUCCGGUCGCAUACAACAAUCGGAAAAUGAUAUUACCGAUUAUUAUACGGGUUGUCCGUCGGGACAUACCGGACAAUUACCCUAUGCCUAUGAUUGUAGACGUUUUCUGAAUUGUUGGAAAGGUCGUGGCCAUAUUCAAUCAUGUUCGGUGGGUACUGUUUUCAAUCCUGAGACACUGGAAUGCGAUCGCCCUGAUAAAGUGAAAUGUGGUGCCGGUUUGACGGGAUCCUACACUGCCACCAAAACUACACAUGGUCAGCUGGCACAGUCGACUCAGAGGGCGGGUCGUUAUAUUGAUGAUGCCACCGAAAGUGUAGAUAUGUUGUGUCCAUCUGGUUCGCAAGGCUUAGAACCACAUCCGGCUGAUUGUACAAAAUUUAUAAAUUGUGCCAAUGGUAAUGUCCACGUACAGGAAUGUGGUCCUGGAACGGCUUUUAGCAUACCAAUGAAAGUUUGUGAUUUCAAGGACAAGGUGGAUUGUACAGGACGCGGUGGAACGGCUGAGGUUCAUAGCCAUGUUCAAGAUAAAUCCCAAGUUAAAUGUCCUGCCGGAGCCUCUGGCCUCUAUCCCCAUCCCUAUGAUUGUACCAAAUUCCUACAAUGUGCCAAUGGCAUAACCUACAUACAGGAUUGUGGUCCCGGUACCGGUUUCGAUAGUAACCUUAAAGUUUGUGACUAUAAAGAAAAGAUACACUGUGUGCCGGGAAGUUCAUGGGGCUCAACACUCGUGGUCACGGAAUAUGAAGCUGCCGAUGAAAAUGUUCAGUGUGCCCCUGGUGCUAAUGGUUUAUAUCCUCAUCCUCAAGAUUGUGAAAAAUUCCUACAGUGUUCGAAUGGUCAAACAUUUAUACAAAAUUGUGGUCCCGGUACCGGUUUUGAUAGUCUACGUUUGGUUUGUGAUUACAAAGAAAAAGUUCAUUGCGGUUCAGGUAGUAUUUGGGGUAUACACACGGAUGUGACGACCACAGUGCAGCAGCAUGGUCAUACCCAGCACACUCCUCUCCCUCCUCCGAACACAAGUGGUAGUGUUGGUGGUCACAAUGAUUUGCCACACACAAGUGAUAUUUUAUGUUUGAAUAGCAUUACCGGUCUCUUCCCCUAUCCCUUCGAUUAUACGAAAUUUAUUAAUUGUAAAAAUGGCAAUACGGCCAUACAGAAUUGUGUCCAAGGCACAGCAUUUAGUAUUUCGAAGGGAUACUGUGAGUCAUUGGAUCAAAUACAAAAAAUAGAUCACGUCUUGUCUAUUGUGUCGGAAGUUAGCUAUGAAUAUGCCCAAACCCUCAUCACCUGCCCACCCGGCACUGAGGGUAUCCAUUUGUAUCCCUUCAACGCGGAGAAAUAUAUCAAAUGUGUACACAGUCAAAUGGAAGUUAUCGGCUGUGGUCCAUCCCAGGUCUUUAGUACCACACGGCGUAUGUGUUUGCCACGCAGUCAGGUUUUGAAAACCGAAAGAGUUCGUCUGUUGAAUGAAUUGGAGAAGGUGAAUUCGUAUCGUAAUAUUGAAGAACAUUUCGAUGUUCAUACUAUGGUCUAUUGUCCAGUUGGUCUGUCCGGCGAUUAUCCUCAUCCAUUUGAUAGUUCGAAAUAUAUAACCUGCCGUGCAGGUCGUAUGAUAUCCGAAUCAUGUGCAUCGGGUAAAGCUUUCAGUUUGUCUCGCAAACAAUGUGUAAUGAAAGAAGAGCUUGAACGGCGGGAUCGUGUACCACAAAUUGAAGCGUCUUAUGGUCAGGAAUGGCAUAUUUCGGAUAUGGAAAUAACUUAUGGUUCAAUUGAUGGCUUAAUUUAUCUAAUGUGUCCGCCCGGCCUGAGUGGAAUUUUCCUACAUCCAUUCGAUUGCACCAAGUAUAUUGAGUGUUCCAAUGGAGCAACCAACAUUGACACUUGUGCAAGUGGUGCCGUUUUUAGUAUAUCCCGCAAGGAGUGUAUACCUCGUGACAAAGUAGAGGCCUAUGAUCGAGUGGAAUAUUUGACAACAACACAACAUGAAUUCUCCAAUGAACAUGUCCUGCAAGCAAAUCGUGACUUGGGUAUCAGUUGUGGCCCCGGAACAUUUGGUAUAUAUCCACAUCCUCAGGACUGUCAUAAAUUUAUGCGUUGUGCCAAUGGUCGCAUUGCUGUGGAAAAUUGUCCAGCCGGACAGGUGUUCAGCAUCGAAAGAAGUUCAUGCUACAAUGAACAAGCUGUUUCCCAGUAUGAUCGUAGUUCAUAUGUGAAUACACAAACUCAAGGACAAUCUUGUCCCUCACCCAAUGCCAAUGGACGUUAUCCCCAUCCCUAUGAUUGCACCAAAUUUGUAAUGUGUUCGAAUGGUGUUGCCCACAUACAAAGUUGUGGUCCCGGUACCGCCUGGAAUCGAGCAAUGGAAGUUUGUGAUUUUAUGGAUAAGGUAAAUUGUUCGGCAGGGCAGGGAACGGCGACGUCGACAACAACAACGACAAGCAACACCGCGGUGAAACAACAACCUGAAGUGGUUUGCCCACCUGGCGCCGAGGGUCUCUUCAUGCAUCCCUAUGACUGGCAUAAAUAUUUAAGCUGCACCAAUGGCUACACCCACAUUAUGGACUGUGGUCCCGGUACUGUGUUCAGUGUCAGCCGUAAGGUGUGCGAUCUCGAGAGAAAUGUUGGCAAUACGGAUCGCUGUAAUAAUGGUGUUUAUAAUAGCAAUUAUGAUUAUACACAUACACAAGGUUACAACAAUCAAGCUUCCAACAGCUAUGGCACUGGUAACACCAACAACAACGGCCAAUGGUCACAAACAACCGUGACACAAUACCAACCGCCCACACAAACAUAUAACCAUCAACAAACACACACAACAACAACACAUCAGACACAUGGUGGAGAUCGUUGGACCAGUAUGAAUGUACCCCGACCACAUGGUUCCACUUAUGAUCAGCAUUCAAAUAGCUGGCAACCAAUGCCCAAUAAACCUGUUACGACAAACGUAUGGUCUGGCACUGCCAUAAACGUUGACCAACAGUCACCCACACAUACCGUCAUCUAUGAAGAAGGAUCCCUGCGACCCGACCGUGAACAGCAUAGUUUAGUUACCACCACGUCUGUCCAACCUGGCAGUGGUGGUGGUCAUAAAUCGGGUACAUUUUAUGAUUUCCAACAUACCACCGUAGAAUCUCAACGUUCUACCCAUUCCGAUCAUGAUCAGACAAACAAUUGGCAUAAACAUCAUCAGCAUAUCCCCAGUUCCUCGAAACAUCAUCACCAACAUUCACGUGAUUUCCACGAAAAACAUCCCAAUUUACCGAAUCCUUUCGAUGAUCCUUUUGAAUCCUCCCGGGGCAUUGAUGUGCGCAUGAAUGACAAUAGCUGUCCGUUUAAUUGUGGAAAUGGCAAAUGUAUUGCUCAGCAUGAGGUUUGCAAUGGCGUUAACAAUUGCGGCAAUCGCAAAGAUGAAGAACAAUGCGAUCACUUGGGCUAUGAGGUGCGUUUGACUGGUGGUGAAAGUUCCAACAAAGGACGUGUCGAAGUUAAAAUCUUGGGAAAAUGGGGUUAUGUGUGCGAUGACAAGUUCGGUCUCAAGGAUGCCGAUGUUGUUUGCCGUGAAUUAGGUUUCAAAAUGGGUGCCAUUGAGGUACGUGGCAGUUCAUUUUACCCGCCAGCCGGUACAAAUGUUGCCUUCAAUAUGGAUGAAGUGGAAUGUCGUGGCAAUGAAACUUCGCUGCGUGAAUGUGAUUUCAAGGGUUGGGGUGUUAACAAUUGUGGACCUGAUGAAGUUGUGGGUGUUGUCUGUAAGGUACAACAACUCAAAUGUCCCGAUAAUUAUUGGCUAUGUACGAAAUCGGAAGAGUGCAUACCGACGGCAUUUUUGUGUGAUGUUACACCGGAUUGCAGUGAUGGUUCCGAUGAGAGUCCACAAGUUUGUAAUGCCCCCAUUGAAUAUCGUUUGGAAGGUGGCCGUUCCAAGAACGAGGGACGUUUGGAGAUUUUCUAUCGUGGUGAAUGGGGUACUGUGUGUGAUGAUGAUUUUGGCCAAAAGGAAGCUCAGGUUGUGUGCAAUUCGUUGGGAUUCUAUGGCAAGGCGCAAGUAGCCAAAAACAUAUAUGGCCCCGGUAGUGGACCCAUUUGGCUGGAUCAAGUUUCUUGUCUGGGCAAUGAGACCACCCUGGAUAAAUGUAAUCACUGGACUUGGGGUGAAAAUAAUUGUCAACAUACCGAAGAUGUUGGUAUAAAAUGUACAGCUGGUCCGAAACCCACAAUUAUCCGCCCCGUUGUGACCACCACACCCAAGACGAGAACAGCGAGCAUAGAUACAGAUUCCGAACUAUUGGAAUUAGAUGAUUUGGGAAAAUAUCAAGGCCUCUGGCAGAGGUCCAGUAAGGCGGUACAUCAACCCAAACAAUGUGGCCAUUUCAAGAUGAAUUUGAUCGAUGAAUAUGCCCACCCCGAAGAGCGUGUAAUAAAUGGCAGUAUUGCCAAGCGUGGUCGCCACCCAUGGCAGGCAACCAUACGUACACGUGGUCGUGGGGGUAUCUCCAGUCAUUGGUGUGGUGCUGUCAUCAUUUCCAAGAAGUUAAUUCUAACGGCCGCACAUUGUUUGGCCGGUUAUCCGAAGGGUUCGUAUUUUGUACGUGUGGGUGACCAUUAUGCCAAUAUUGCCGAAUCAUCGGAAAUUGAUUCGAACAUUGAAAAUUGGUAUAUACACGAACGAUUCCGUGAAGAGAAACACAUGAACAAUGACAUUGCAUUGAUUCUGCUCAAGAAUGCCCUGCGUUUCAAUGACUACGUACAGCCUAUUUGUCUACCCGAAAAGGGUUCGCUGUUGCAGGCGAAUCGCAUGUGUACAAUAUCUGGUUGGGGUUCCAUUAAAUCGGGCACAUCAACCCCCUCCAACAUUCUAAGGGCAGCCGAAGUUCCCAUUCUGCCGGACGAUGUGUGUCACCGCAAAAAUGUCUACGGCAAUGCCAUGAGUGAAGGUAUGUUCUGUGCCGGCUAUUUGGAUGAAAAUGUGGAUGCCUGUGAUGGUGAUUCGGGUGGACCCUUGGUUUGCUCUGACGAGGGUGGUGAAACUUUGUAUGGCAUAAUUUCAUGGGGUCAACAUUGCGGCUAUGCCAAUCAUCCCGGUGUCUAUGUUCGUGUUGAGAAAUACAUUGAUUGGAUAUAUGAGAAAAUUAAUUUAAUGAUUCAGCAAGGAAAACUUUAA